GGCGCCAAACAUCCCAGCUUUCAAACAUGGGAUCGGCUGGGGUGGUCUGCCACUCGCCCCCUCCAGCACGAUCGAAGUUCCUCCUGCGCCGUCGCCCGUCACCCGUCGACCCAUCGCGAAGUACUGCUGCAGCAGCUACGACGAAGGCGCCGACUGCUGAGUUGGUGCUGAAGGUUCGUGCUGAAUUCCCUACAACCGCUACUGCAAACUCCGUCGUCUUCAAUGUGCCGCUGCCUAAGUCUGUCACCAGGGCUAGUUUCGCUGCCGACCCGGGGUCAUCUGGACAGUCGAUGGAUUUCAAGGAGGCGACAAAAAUGUUGGAAUGGCAUGUGAAGAAGAUUCCUGGUGGAUCAGAGAUCAUGCUCCGCGCAAAGCUGACUUUGUCACAAGAGCGUCAUGGUACAGGUAUGUGGAUACUUUGGCGCCAAAAGCGCCAGGACCACACCCUCGUCGUCUUUGAUGACGAUACUGUGGAGAAGUGGCCAUUGGAGGCCGAGGGUGUGACAAGCAGCAGUGAUUCCGGGAAGGGGGAAGUUACUGUUGCCAAGGUCAACAAGGGGGGACCACGACCGCCAACAAUGAAGAAAAAGAAACCACGCUCGUUUCCUGAGCAUCUCGGAAUUGCGGCCGGGAAGCCAUUGGAAAAGAUAUAUGAGGUAGACAAAAUUGUAGAGCAUGGUUACGUCUCUACAGGAGGACGCGGACGGCCUCAGAAGCAGUUCAAGGUACUCCUCACGGAUUACCUUAGAUGUCUGCCUUCAGAGGUUAGGACAAAGUUGGUAGAUGAGGCCUAUGUCGAACAACACAACUUCGCUUCCUUCAACAAGAAGGCCUUAGACAUAGAGGCAAAGUUGGGAUCUGCGCAUCAGAGUCAAGGAGAUGGUAGGAAGAAGAGACUACCCCAGGACUGGAAGAAGAAAGGGCAACUAAUGUUCGUCGACCAUGAUGGUCAGGCGACAAAAAUUGACGACUUCCCAGACCUUGGGGACGAGACAGAGCAAGAUGGGGCCAGUGAGACUUCGGAUGGGGGAGUCGUGGCACCCAUCAAGGAAAAGGCUAGGGGGACAGGGGAAAAUAAGGUAGUACGGUCCAUGGGUCAGGGCGACCAAGGUACGCCCGCCUGGGUGAAACUUGGAGGUUUAGAGUAUGAGGUGUGGAGGGACCGAGUUGCUAGGGGUAUGUGGAUGAACUGUGGCAACUAUGGCCACACGUCCAGAACGUGCCGAGAACUGCCGGCGCUGCCGCUUGAGGAGCUGGCACUGGUUCCUGCGCUCGUCACAGUUCCACUUGCUCUCGUCACAGUUCCACUUGCUCUCGUCAUGAGGAUUCAAGAGGACAUCCACAACCUCGACGACGCGGUUCAGGCGCACAACCACGCGUUUGAUCAAGUCAACAGCCGCCUCCAGCAGUUGGGGCAACGACCCGUCGCCGCCCCCGAUGCCAGCUCCUCCAACACCUCUGAUCGCCUCAAUGCAUUGGAGAUCGACGUCGGAACCCUCGAGGAUGACGCGCAGCUACAGCAAAUCGCCACGCAACAACUGGAGCAGCGGAUCUGUGCUGCCGCCGCCACACCGAGUUUGGCACCGCGUGAGACAACUCCAAAGUUCGAUGUUCAGGACAUCUUUUGCGAUUCGACGAAGACGGACCCGAUUCCGUGGUUCCUCAAAUUCGAGCUCAAGUUGCAGCUACACCAUGUCAGCGAGGACAAACAUCACGCGUAUUUAUAUUCCCGGUCGGGGGGCGCGUGCCAAGCAUGGUUGGACAAUCUCUUGUCCAAGUACGGGUUGGUAGCUGCCGACUUAUACACCAAGAUCAGCUGGGAUGAUCUAAAGGCGCCGUGGCAUAAGCGGUUCCAAGUAGAGCCGUCGGAGAUCAAGGCAAUGGACAAAUUGAUGACCUUCGAACAAGGCACACUGCCGAGUGUUGACUGGAUUGUCGAGUACCAACGCUUGACAUAUGUCCCAGACCUUCAGAUGGGCUUCAAGGCCGUCAAACACUACAUCUCGAGGUCGUGUCCGGCGUUGGGCAACGCCUUGAUUCACAUCGAGGGCACCCUGAUGACAACGGGGGAGCUCUUCGAGAAGGCCUCACAGAUCAUUGUCACGAACAAGGAGGCUAAGAACCUCAACCGUUCGUCUGCGGCAGGCCUGAGCAGAGAUUACGCUUUGCUAGAUAGCGGCGCGACUCGCAAUUUCAUGAGCCAAGCCUUCAUGCAAAGGGAUGACCUUGGCGCACAAGUUCGAAGGAAGGCAAACCCGACGGCGAUCAAGUUGGUGGACGGAAGGACGCAGCAGCUUAUCGACCGCUAUAUCGAGGCAAUACCGGUGUAUUUCGCACCUCAUGCAUGCGAACCGGUGAGGUUCGACAUUUUGGACACGGACUUCGACAUUAUUUUGGGAAUGCCUUGGCUUGCAAGUGCGGAUCAGACGGUCAACUUCCACCGGCGGACUCUUACCGUUCGGGACGCCUUUGGCGCCGAAGUGUCGUGUACUAUUCCUCUUCCGCACCCUUCGAUUCGGUGCCAAGUGGUAACGACCAAGUCAUUCCGAGCUACUUGCGCUUACGAGCAGCGCGGCGAAAUAGGCCUAUGCUUCCUACGUGCCGUCGUGGUAGCCGAUUCUUCCCCCAUGGACUUGUCUUCGGACCCCUGUGUGGUGCGGUUGCUUGACGAGUUCACCGACAUCUUCAAGUCACCUGCCGAUGUGGUGCCGGAUCGGCCGAUCUCUCAUGAGAUCAUUCUUGAGGCCGGUGUCGUGCUGCCGAAAGGCUGCAUUUACCGCAUGAGCGAGGAGGAGCUUACGGUCCUCCGCGCACAACUCGAUGACUUGUUGGACAAGGGCUGGAUCCACCCUAGUAGCUCCCCAUGUGGAGCGCCAGUUCUCUUCGUACGGAAGAAGAACAAGGAUCUACGAUUGUGCAUCGACUACUGUAAGCUCAACAUGCAAACCGUCAAGAAUGCGGGGCCUCUUCCUCUUACAGCAAACUGCAACGCAACAGUUGGAGCAACGGAUCUGUACGGCCGCCAAACACUCGAGCUUGGAACCGCCCGAGACAACUCCAAAGUUCGAUGGGCAGGAGAUCUUCUGCGACUCGAUGAAGACGGACCCGACUCCAUGGUCCGCAAGUUCGAGCUCACGUUGCAGCUACACUACGUCAGCGAACACAAGCAUCACGCAUACUUAUACUCCCGCUCGGGGGGUGCGUGCCAAGCAUGGUUGGACAAUCUCCUGUCCAAGUAUGGAGCGGUGGCUGCCGACUUACAUACCAAGAUCAGUUGGGGGGAUCUAAAGGCGGCGUGGCAUAAGCGGUUCCAAGUAGAGCCGCCGGAGAUGAAGGCAAUGGACAAGCUGAUGGUCUUCGAACAAGGCACGGUGUCGAGUGUUGAUUGGACUGCCGAGUACCAACGCUUGACAUCCGUCCCAGACAUCCAAAUGGGAUUCAAAGCCAUCAAACACUACAUCUCGAGGUCGUGUCCGGUGUUGGGCAAUGCCUUGAGUCACGUCGAGGACGCCCUAACGACACUGGCAGAACUCUUCGACAAGGUCGAGCAGAUUAUUGUCACGAACAAGGACACCAAGAAUCUCCAGCGUUCGUCUGCGCCAGGCUUGAGCAGAGAUCAACAUCGGCCGAAAGUGGCCGUGGUCGCGGCGGCAACACCAAACGACCAAACUAGUGAGGCCGUGUCUGCCAAUGAAAGGGACAGACUCGCAGCUGCCCGAGAAGGUGGCCGCCCCGGCAGAGGCCAAGGACGCGGCAAGGCGAAGACAGACACCGCAUCUAGCCUCGGGCCCGGCGCAACAGCUCCAGCCCCAUGGUCCCAUUAUGGUCUCUCCGAGCAAGCAUACAAGGCAUACACGAGAUUCCGCUAUUGUCUGUGGUGUAACAACGAUCUCCACGACAUAAUGGCCUGCCAGUCGAAAGGCAAGCGCAAAUUGGGAAACUGGGCACCGCCGGGAGUGACUCGACAACACUCUCGACGCCUUCGGAACCGCGCUUUGUUGGAUAGCGGCGCGUCUCGCAAUUUUAUGAGUCAAGCCUUUAUGCAAAAGGCUGGCCUUGGCGCACAAGUUCGAAGGAAGGCAAACCCGACGGCGAUCAAGUUGGCGGGCGGAAGGACGCAACAGCUUAUCGACCGCUACAUCGAGGCCGUAGCCGUGUAUUUCGCACCUCAUGCAUGCGAACUGAUGACAUUUGACAUUUUGGAUACGGAUUUCGACAUUAUUUUGGGAAUGCCUUGGCUUGCAAGUGCGGAUCAGACGGUCAACUUCCACCGGCGGACUCUAAUCGUUCGCGACGCCUUCGGCGCCGAAGUGUCGUGUACUAUUCCUCUUCUGCACCCUUCGAUUUGGUGCCAAGUGGUGACGGCCAAAUCAUUCCGGGCUACUUGUGCUUACGAGCAGCCCGACGAAAUCGGCCUAUCCUUUCUACGAACCGUCGCAGUAGUCGACUCUUCACCCACAGACUUGUCUUCGGACCCCUGUGUGGUGCGGUUGCUUGACGAGUUCGCCGACAUCUUCGAGUCACCGACCGAAGUGGUGCCGGACCGGCCGAUCUCUCACGAGAUCAUUCUCGAGGCUGGUGCCGUGCCGCCGAAAGGUUGCAUUUAUCGCAUGAGCAAGGAGGAGCUUACGGUCCUCCGCGCGCAACUUGAUGAUUUGUUGGACAAGGGCUGGAUCCGGCCUAGUAGCUCUCCAUACGGAGUGCCAGCUCUCUUUGUACAGAAGAAGAAUAAAGAUCUACGUUUGUGCAUCGACUAUCGCAAGCUCAACUCGCAAACCGUCAAGAGUGCGGGGCCUCUUCCUUGCAUCGACGAUCUUCUUGAGCGAUUGGGCAGCGCGAAUCUACUCGACCUUCGAGAUCGGCGACGGCAUGCGGGACAGUUUCAUCCGCGGCUACCAAGCCGACCCCGAGUUUCACGACAAGUACAGCUGUCUGGACCGGAUGCUGAGCAACACAUCCGUGAUAAUUUCGAUCUUCAGUGGGUUGAAGACCGCCUGAAGAAGUCUAUCACGGUUGUGGAGAUUGUGGCAGCCGGUACAGACGCCUCCAAACUGAUUGCUCAAGGGCGACAGGCUCUCGACCAAUUUGCUCUGAAGCAACUGGAAGAGAUCAUGGAAGCUACUCGUAAGGGGGAAGUAAAAUCAGAAGUAAGUGAAGAAUCGAUUGAUUCUAAUAUCCAGCAGCUAAGAAAUGCUUUGGCUGCGGAAGAAAGAAAGAAAGAAGAAGUAUCCCGAAUUAGAGAACAAGAACAGCGAAGAGGACAAAGAGUUAAAGAGAUCAGGCUAGUCAUAGGAAUAGAAGUAGGUGAACAGACUGACAUGUCACAAACGUUGGCUCACAUUAUGACAUAUCUUACCUUUCUGGAGGAGAAAAUCGACCGACAGCAAAAUCAGUUGGAUGAAAUUACUGUCGGAUUACGAACGAUUGCUAAUAUUGUGAAAGCCAAUCUGAGGAAAGAAGCUGGUCCCGUCAGCAUGACAUUCAACAUCCCAAUGUACACAGCCUCUCGUUUACAGGUGCGGUACCUCCAAAUUGUCAAGCAAUCGCGGACAUAUAAUCCUUAUCGCUGGGUGCGAUAUGUUACACAUGCUAGCUCAUAUGUCAUACGCCUUUGAUGCUUCCCUGAAGUGUCAGUCAGAUCGGCAGGUCUCAGCCGUCGGAUUUCUUGCUGCCGUGUCGGCAGAAACACAUCUUGAUCGCACGCAACUAUAUGCGGAUGAUCAUCUCUGACUCGAGGUUGUUGAGAUUCCCUUUUUCCCUCUGAGACUUUGUGAAGUUUGACUUGAAUAGAGUUCGGCAAUAAAGUUUGGUAGCAGGGUUCGUUCCAAGCAAUUGUGCAUUGUGAAUACAGCAGAUCGUCGAAUAGAGUUCGGCAAUAAAGUUUGGUAGCAAGGUUUGUUCCAAGCGGUGUGAACUUUCAUUGUUUUCAUCAUGAGAAUAUAUGGCCAAUACAUGGUCCCAGGGAUGUUAUUCCCAGUUUUUUGUUUUUGAUUCUUUUUCCCAAAAAGAGGAACUCAAAGGUCUUUCUUCUUUCCUUAAAACCACCAGUACACCCGGGCCUGCAGGCGCUGCACUGCGCUUCGAGCUUUUUGGAACCUCCAGUGGUGCAGUCCUUUCUUUUUUGGCUGGUGCCGCCAGCCAUUGUGGUCCGGCAGGCGGAAGCCGCAAAAUUUAUGGAGUAGGCGACAAACAAAUUUCUGCAAGGCUGGGGCGGUGCACUGGUGGUUUAGACAGAAGUUGAUGGUCAGUCCUCCUGACCUCUCCUGCUGUUAUAGUUUUUCUGGGUAUCAACGUUUUGAUAAUUGUUAACUACUAUUGAGUAGGGUCAAAUUAUCUAUGAUUAGAUUAUCAUAAAUUUUAAAAACACAUUAGAAGUGCUUGAAGGAUUAUUGAUCAGCAAAGGACAGCAAUAGAAGUUAUCAAAACACUCUGAAAACGCAACCAUUCCACAUCAUGCACUAACUAAUGGCGCAUAGUCAUAUCUUUUUGAAAUGUUCAAAAUCACACCAUAAGGCCUCGCUCCACUACACAACAUUGUACAUGCAUUUGGACGCCUUUGUGGACCAGAUGCAUUCAAAAUGCUCGAAUCAUCCGAAUGCACCAGGUCCAGAAAGCGCCCUAACGUAUGAAGUGAUGUAUGAAGUGUUGUGUAGUGGAGUGAGGCCCAUAGGUAAGUGUAGACACGAAUUUAACCUUUUCUUGAAGCUCAAAUAUUAUCAAUGUACCAAGCUACACUUUGAUCCGAAAGC